CUGACGGCGUGCAACACAAAAUAUCAACAAACGACGCUGAAUCAAAACGCGCUUCUGCAGUUUACGCGUCGCCUUCAAUCGUUUUUUAGUGGAAAAGUAUAUAAUUUGUCGAGUUUUGUUAAAUUAGCAGAGCUUUAAGUCAUGGCAGAGGAAGAACAGUUGCCCAUUAUCCCGGUGAAAGAACCGCUCGAUCUGAUCCGGCUCAGCUUGGACGAGAAAAUCUACGUCAAGAUGCGGAACGAACGUGAGCUUCGAGGGCGGUUACAUGCUUUCGAUCAACAUUUGAACAUGGUUCUGGGUGAUGCGGAGGAAACCGUGACCACGGUUGAAAUCGACGAGGAAACCUAUGAGGAAGUGUACAAAACCACCAAGCGAACCAUUCCCAUGCUAUUCGUACGAGGUGACGGCGUGAUUCUCGUUUCUCCGCCAAUGCGAGUUGGCAGUUAGGGGUUCUCAAUGGCCUAAAGCCCAUUUUCCUCAAUAAAACAAGAUCUAUAUUCAAUUGGAACCUUA